AUGGAUUCUAUGAGAUCCUUGAACACCUCUCUUCCGAGCUCUACCCCCUAUCCUCAGCCUCCCGAGCAGCUGCUGCAGGCGUUCAAGACAGCUGCCCUCUCGGUGACCAACUUAUACAAGAGUGCCGUCGCGGACCAAGCACAGGCAAGGCAGGCAGGGUAUCAGGAGGCUAUUGAGGACCUUCUCAACUUUCUAGAUCGGGAGAAUCUUGGUCUGGGUGACGGGGAAGGCUGGAAGGUUCGACAAUGGGCGACGGAACGAGCAGACGGAACGGCCGCCACAGCCAGCGACAGCGAUGACGAUGAUAAACGAGCCAGGAGUUCCUCUCCCAUCAUGAGCCGCAAAGAGCAUCCUGAAGCCGACCGUUCACGGCAGAUUUCCCGGUCCACGUCACCUCCACGAGGAGAAUUGGGGCCAGCGCAGCAGCAGCAGCAGCAGCAGCAGCCGCCCCCACAACCAGAACAGCAGUCCGCCAUGACGCAGACCGACGAUUCGAACGUCUUUGCCAGGCCACCCGUUUUCACGUUUACUGCCGGGCCUCAGUUUCCUCAGUUUCCAUCUCAGGAUGUCGACAUGCAAACAUCCGACAGUGCUCCCACCAACUCUGCAUCUGAAGAGGAAGCACCUUCGACCGUUAGUGUAUCGGUUAUGCCGCGCAAUUCUCGAGCUCCCAAUCGUCUCAACAACCCGUCUCGUCACACUGGGCGAUCUUCGACAAGGGAACCAUCCACGACUAUCGGCUCGAAGCGAAAACUUCAGUUCCCUGACUUCUUCGACAUCUCGGGGCUGAACGGACGCGAGUUUUUCGGAGGCGGCAAGCGAGGACGCUUCGCAUAG